CGGAGCGCUAGGUACUGCCGUAGCAGCCCUAAUGGCGGAGAACGUACGGUCGCCUUUCGACUAUCGGGAGCCACCGACCCUCGACAGCGACGGAGAUGGCAGCAAGCCUCCGCCACCCCGGGGGCGCGUGUGUGGGAGGAAGAGGAAGGGUACACCGGUUAAGGUCUGCGACCGCGCGUAUGUCACUGAAGAUGAAGAGGAGAGUCUGUCUGAACACAGCUACAGCCCAGGUGAUGGGCAGUAUCCGGACGGAGCGGAGGACCGACUCCCCCCACCCGGUAGUCCCUACUAUCUUACUGACCCAGCUCAGCUUUGUGUGUCGGAGCUGGGCGAGGAGGGGGCUAGCGGGGUCCGGGGGCCUGUGCUCUUCCACCCACCACCCAACUGCAGGAUCCGAGAGGUGCAUUGUGGGAGCCAGGUGCGGCUGGUCGUCAUAGCAAUCAGAGACAUUGCCAAAGGAGAGGAGAUAACGGUGGACUACAGUCUGACUGACUGGAGCGAAAAUGCCAUGGGUUUCCAUCGCUCUGUCUCCCCACGAGGAUUUGAAUGCGGCUUCAAUCCAGACAACAACAUCAAAAAAGAAGAGGAGGCAGGUCCCCUCCCUCUCUCUCUCACUGUAUCCGACUACCUCACUCCCUCAUGGUCUCUCUCUCCUUCCUCCUCUCCGCUCUCUCACUCCGAGGCCAGCGACUCGGACCGCGAAGAAGAUGAGGAGGAGGAAGACGACGAUGACGACGACGACGACGAAGAAGAACUGGAGGAGCUGAGGGGCCGCAUGUUGCGGAGACGCAAGAAACGGAAAGCAGCUGCCCCUGCUCCCAAAAAGAAGGCCGCCCCCAGGGCUCAGCCACGCCCCCUAUCCUUUGCUCGCCCUACCCCUUCCUCCUCCUCCUCCACCUCGUUCCAGGCCCCACUAGCCCCACCCACCACAAACAUUAACAACAACAUAAACAUAAACAUCGGCCGUGGUGCCACCGGGACGGUCACAAGGCGGCAGCAUUGCCCUUACUGCGGUCGCCAUUUCCGCUCACUGGCCCGCCACUUGGAGAAGCACCAUGACCAACAGCCCGAGGUGCGUGCGGCUAUGGAGCUUGCCCACCUGCACUCGCAUUCCCCACACGCCACCUCCACACACUCCAGCUCGCACUCAUUCGCCUCGCCACAGCCCUCCUCCUCCUCCUCCUCCUCUGCCGCCACCGCUGCCACCCCCGGCCCCUCCCUCUUCUCCUGUGAGCGGGACUCGCAGUCGUCCGCUGCCAACUCGGGAGCCGUGUCAUUCUCGCUGUCCCUCUCGCCCCCGCCGGCGUCCACGGCCGUCGGCGCCUCUAGGAAAUCUCCUGCCUCUCUCACCACGCCCCCCAGAAAGGGUGCCACGGUGGCCGCCGCCUUGGUGAAGAGUGCCCCCGUCACUCCCAACCCUCCCACCAGGAGGGGGCGCCGACCCAAGAAGGAGAAGGAGAAGGAGAAGGAGAAGGAAAAAGAAAAAGAGGAGCAGCCUAAGAAACAGGCAGAAAUGGAGAGAGCGAAAGAGGAACCUCCACCCACCCCAGGACGUGAUGAGGAGGAAGAAGUUGGUGAAGAAGAUGAAGAGAUGGGGAUGAAUGAAAUUAGAGAAAAUGACAGUGGAGAAGAGAAGACUGGCGAGAUGGCAAGCCCUCACCGCUCCCACAUGCCACCACUGCUGUCGUCCCUGUCCACGCUGGUGCUAUACCUUCGGCGGCAGCAACACUCUUCCUUCCUGUCUCUGUCCCGUUCGAGCAGCUCGGCCGAGGCCUGGCGCCUUCUCUGUCACUCCAGCCUGGCUCUGCUGAUUCUUUACAACCGCCACCGUGAGUGCGAGGUGGCCAAGCUCACCGCCCAGGACUACCGCAACCGCAUCACGCCUUCCACCAGCCCCACCUCUGCCUCUGCAUCCACUUCACCACCCCUCUCCCCACUCGAGGCCUCUCUAUCUCCGUUUGAGCGCCAUGUGCUGUGCCACCGCCCCCGUGUGGGCGUCUUGGGCAAGCGCGGGCGGGUCCAGCCCCUCAUCCUCCCGCCCCACUCUGAAGCCUGCCUUGACCUGCUCCUGAAGACUUCCGCCGAUGUGGGCGUGGACCCCGAGAGUCCAUACGUCUUCUCCCGCCCGUACCACUCGCCAGCCACGCCUCUGCGCGGCACAGACCUUCUGAGGGGUCUGGCUCGCAGCAGCGGGGCGAAGAACCCCACGGCCCUGACGGCGCCCCGUGCCCGGAGGCAGGUGGCCAUCCUGACGCAGCUCCUCCUCCUAGAGGAGGGAGAACGGCCCCAGGGUGCCGCCUCGAAGCGGCUAGAGGAAUUCCUGCAGAGGGAGUAUCACGUGACGCAGAGCUGCACCCGGAUCAGCCAGGACCCAGCUCUGAUGGGCCGGGUCGGGCGAGUGGUACUGUAUGGAGAGAGGGAUGGCGUGCUCUUCAGAGGAAUGAGUCUACAGCAUAUCUGCCUCGAGCUGGACGGUGAGGCGACAAAAAGACAAGAACUGCAUUUCCCACUGAUGUCGGGGAACUCUGCCGACUCUUUCUCUGAGGAGUCUGAUGGCGAGGGAGAGAAGACUAAAGAAAGAGUAGAGUCAGGGAAGAAGGCAGGAGUGAACGGACGUGGGCCGCGACCCAAAAAGAAUGCCAACCCUCACCCAUCGUCCACUACACCCUCUCCCUCAGCUGCUCACAAGAGGAGGAGCUCCCAGGUGAAAUCAGGCAAGCGUGGGGUGCUAAAGCGGCCAUGGUCGGAGGCGGAGCGCGUCGCAGUGGAGACGCACCUGAAGCGCAACAUUGAGGAGCUGCGUGUGCCGGCAAAGGCAGACUGUGAGCGAUGCUUGCAGCACUGCCCCCUACUGGUGUCCAACCAGCGUGACUGGAGGGCCAUCAAAUUCUACUGCCACAACCGGAUCCAGCUACUUAAGAAACAGGGGCGCAGGGAGGGUAGUGGCAUUUCAGUGUGUUAGCCACAGCAGUGAGGGGCUCUCUGAACACACACACACAAACACACAUACACAGACACAGGGAUUCACUGACCUCAUUCCUAGAAUGUGGGGUUAAAGAAAUUUACUGACUACACAUACACACUGUUAUGCAUCUUUGGACCUUGUAGGUGGUUGUGUAUCAGCGUAUCCAUUGAGUGCACGCACACAGACUGUCAUGGUUGUUAAGCGAACAUGGACGAGCGCACGUCUUUACCGAAUGUUCGUCAUAACGAGAAGGACAAAAUCUCUGGUCGCUGACAUCCGUUGGGACUGGAGUGUGUGUGUGUGUGUGUGUGUGUGUGUGUGUGUGUGUGUGUGCGCGCGCGCGUGCGUGUGUGCGCGCGCGCGCGCGUGCGUGUGUGCGUGCAAACACACAGAUGAGGGAGAUCUCACCUACCCCCAACAAUGCAGCUCAAAUCAUGUCUCUGAACUGAAGCAAACAAUGUACAUUUGAUUCAUACAGCGUUACUAUUUCUCUGAACUUUUUUCCUUCCCUUUCUUUUCUACCUUAAUAACAUUGUCUAGUGGAGUCUUGCUGUUGGACUGAUUGUGUUAGAUUUAUAUAUAAAGACUUAAGAUUUUUAAAGUCAUUCUUUGGGGGCUGCAGGGUUGUACAAAGCAGUGUUUCAUUUUGUGGGACCAUGUCAUUCUCAAGAUCUGGGGAGAAUUUUAAAAGGUAAGCUUGCUGUGAUAACCUUGUUGAGGUUCUUUAUCUCAAAAUAAGCCAAUGGUUUUCAGACUCGUUACCAGAAAGCUUGUUCAGACCACUCGCUGUUGGGCUUCUCUGCUGUCUUCACUUUCCAGUGUAUUAUUCAACCCCCUAGUAACCAAGUCAGGUGCUUUGUAGUGGAGAAAACCCUGAAUAAUGACAUUUAUGGUGGGUCUGAGACUAGAAGUGAGAGCAACUUUAUCAAGCUAAGUAAAGAAAUGAAUUGUGAGUGUGGAAUUACCAUUAAAAUAUGUUUUUAAGCCCAAAAGCAAGCUAAAGGUGGACACCAGUGUGUUUUUAAACAUGAACUGGCUUUGUCCCUGGUGUUUGUAUGAUAAAAGAACUUAUCUUGAUCAUCUUAGUUGUGCGACUGCUGGAAGUAACAAAAACUGCAGUAAAUAUUAAGUGAAAAGUGUCAUAAAUAAAGCUAGCCAAGGAUUUCAUUCCGUUAGAGUUGAUUCUCCAUUAUCUCCUUUUUCUUCAAAUAGUCUGGCACAUCACUUACUCUGCAAAAUCUCUCGACCAGUUAUGGACUGUAAAAUUGUUUGUUUGGGAUUUUUUUGUUUGUUUACACAGCAACAGUAUUUUAACAUAAGCUAAAGCCUCUGGCCCCAAGUUUGUGUUGUUUUGCAAAGCCACUGUUGACUUUGUAUAUAUUUUUCAGUCUGUUCUUCAGUGUCACAAUUUUACAAGGCGUGCACACAUACUUGAACCUGAGCUCUGUUUCAUAUUUUGUAUUUGUUUUGAGGGGAAUUUUUUUGUUGUGGGUUUUUUUGUUUGUUGUUGUUUGUUUUUUACAACUUUCUUUUCGCCGAUGAGUGUUUCUCAAAAUCUUACAGUAACAAAAUCACGCUUGCAGAAGUGGGUGUUGUCUUUUCAUUGUGUGAAGCUGUACAUUCUGUAAAUAUCUACUUAUAUAAAAGUGCUACGUUUUGGAUGUUUUGUUUUUCUUAAAUGGCAUUGUAAAGAUCUAUCUGAUUUUAGAAGAAAGCUGUUUAGAGAAACACAGAGGUUAAUGUAUGUCCCACUGCAAGAAAUAACACACUUAUUUGCAUUUUUA